AUGGCGCCCAAGCGCAAGGCGGAGACGCUCGAGGAAGCACUCGCGCGCCUGUGGUGCUAUUACUGCGAGCGCGACUUUCCCGGCUUCAAGGACCUCUGCGACCACCAGCGAUCAAAGCAUUUCAAGUGUACAUUCGACCCGCGCAGCUGUAAUCGUAAACUGCAAACAGCUGGCGGCCUGAAAGUGCACAUGCAGCAAGUGCACAAGUCAGAUCUCCAAGAAGUCCCAAACGCUGACCCAGGUCGCCGCGCCUUGGAGCCAGAGAUCUUCGCCAUGGACGGCGUGCCCCAGCACCUCAUCGAGAAGCACAACGACGCCAUCAUAAAGCGAUUCCAGCUCGAGGAGGCCGAGUACAUGCGGAGGACUGGCAACUCUCUCCACGGCACCAACGAGCCCAACAAGAAGCCGAAGAUUGACGUCGUCGCCGUCGCCGAGGACCAGAAGGCCAAGGCUCGUGCCUUCAAGGAGAAGAAGAUGGAACAGAGACGUCUCAUCAAAGAGGCACUUGCUCGUGGUGAGGAGCCUCCAAAAUUCGACUCCAUCACGACGUCUACCGCGCCGACUGCCACCACACCUGCAUCGGCCGCUCCUGUUAUGCCCACUGCUGUGGAGACUUCCGCCUCACCACCCAACGCCACAGCAUGGAACAUGCCUCCGACCGACGGCCCACAUGUCCCCAGCCAACCGGCGUACGCUGCCCACCCACUUCCCAUGGCGCCCCACUCCGCCUACAACGCUCCGCCCAUGCACAAUCCCUAUGCUUCACACGGCGUUCCGAUGGGCUACCCGCCCGUCCCCCAGGGCAUGGCGCCACCGUUUCAGAUGCCUGGUCUGACGCCCAGCCACUCCGCGGACCUCUUCCGCGAGCAGCACCCCAUGCAUGGCCUGCCGUCAAUGCCGCCAUCCAUGCCAGCAUCUCAGCUGCCCACGCGCCCCACUGGACUACCUUCACUUCCGCCCCGCCCCGCGCCUGCCAUGAGACCCCACAUAGCCACGCUCGAGGAGAUUGAGACCAUGAUCGACGAUACAAAGCGCAAAUAUGACGCUCAGAAGCAGAUGAACGAGAUGAGUCAAAAGACCGUUGCGCAGCCUGACACAAAGCUCAACACCGCCAGCAGCUCUGAUCCACCCAGCAAUGCCGCACCUACACCUGCACCAACCAGUGGCCACGUUGCUUUGUUGAUGAAGAACAACAGCGUAAGCUGGGAAGAGAGACGGGCUCAGCACCCACGAUACGAAUCAAAGGGGCCCAAAUGCCUCGCGCCCGCCUUGGCAUGA